AUGUCGAAGACCGCGCAACGGAGACUGUUGAAGGAGCUGCAGCAGCUGAUGCGAGACCCACCGCCAGGGAUCGUCGCUGGUCCACAGGACGAGUCGGACCUGUUUCUGUGGGACUGUCUCGUACAAGGUCCGCCGGACUCCCCCUACGAGGGCGGAGUGUUCGAGGCACAGCUGCGGUUCCCCAGGGACUACCCGCUGUCGCCGCCGAAGCUGACGUUUGUGCCCAGCGUGUUGCACCCGAACGUGUACCCUAACGGGGAGGUAUGUAUCUCGAUCCUGCACGCACCGGGGGAAGAUCCAAACCAGUACGAGCUCGCCGAGGAGCGCUGGUCGCCCGUGCAGUCCGUCGAGAAGAUCCUGCUCUCCGUGGUCUCGAUGCUUAGUGAGCCCAACGUCGAGAGCGGCGCCAACAUCGACGCUUGCGUCCUCUGGAGGGACAACAGGCCGGAGUUCGAGCGCCAGGUCAAGCGCAACGUCCUCAAGUCGCUAGGGUUUGGCGAGAGCGAGGCCUAA